AUGUGGACUAUGUGGCACAAUUUCUUCCAUUUGGGUGUGCAAGGUCUGUUAGCAAGCGGGAGAGACACCUUCAUCGGCUCAUCGAUUAACUGCCCGCUCGCAGAUGUGGCACCUUAUCUGAGUAGUUUCGUUAGCGCAAAGCAAGUUUUCAGCUCCACUUCACGCAGAUCAGAAUAUGAGACGACUCAGUGUCAUUCUUUCUAUACAUUUUUAAUUUUGCUUAGCACUCGAAUUCGGAUACAGACCGUAUUUUUGUAG